CAAAUAACCAAAGGGACUUAGACGGACGUCACCACUUUCUACCCUCCGUUAAGAAAUCUUUUAGAUUCGUCUAAUUCGCUAUUCACCUUUCAUCUCGCAUCAAACCCCACGAACCAUGAAUUUAUAGUCAAAAAUUCCCUUCUCCUCUAUGGUCCCGGUCCCGUUCCCCAUCCCCCGUCUCCAUCUGCCACGCAGCAACAACUCACCAUGCUUGACCCCUCUUCACUGCUGCUGUGGACCCUUCUCCUCCUUGUCACCGCCCUUUGUCUUGCCCUUCUGGUCGCUGCCCACAUCUUUACUUCCUACGCGACCGCCUACCUAGCCGCUCCCCACGAGAUAACUACCUUUCUCGAAGCCGUAGACUCUUCUAUACAGGAGAAUGAGGGAUUCGAUGGAGACGUCGAGAAGGUGCCGAGGCUGGCGGAUAAGCUGCGGUUGGGUCGAUUGCUGCGCGAGAUCCAGAAGAGCGGAGAUGAUCUGCGGGAGGAGCUGAAUCGCCUCGUCCUAGCCGAGGGCGGUCGAACCUUGCGUACCAGCGCGCGAUUCCUUUGGGCGAGUCAUAGGAAACAAUUAGAAGAGAGGGUACGACGGCUCGACAUGUUGCGCAUGCGAUUCUUAGUGGUAUAUAUGGGCAUUGUUGCGACGAUGGCGGGGGACCGUGCAAAGCAGGCUGAGAGGACAACGUCGAAAGAUCCGGAGAAAGCAGCUCUACAUUUCCAACACCAGAUACCUACUAGACCGUGUCUUCCGAAGGGGCUGACCGAAAGCAUCAGGCAGAAACCACCGUUAAGAAGGUUGACAACACAGGCGACGACAGGACAUCAUGAGAAGAAUGAGACCUCGCAUCAAACGUCCCACCAAGCGUCCCACCAGACGCCGCACAGAACGUCGCAAAAACCACCGCAGCAGAUGAACUGGAUGGGUGUCGUGCAGGAACUCCAGCGAUCCCCACGGAUGCAAAAGCGGCACGCCUCGAUUGAACUAGCCAUGCGAUCGCCGCCGCCCAUAUCGCCCUUAGGUAGCCCUAUAUCGUUAACACCGGCGAUGGACAACGGACGAUUUCGCGGCGCGAUAGACUCUAUUCCCGAAGAUAAAGAUAAAAAUACAGAUAAAAUAAAACCAAAGACAAAAGAACAAGACUUGAGUUGAAAACUGAGCGAUUGAGACGACUUCCUGACGAAUACAGUACAAAUAGGAGCAUGAACACGAACACGGACAUACGUCGCAUACACCAUGACGAUGACGACGAUGACAAUAAUGUAUAACGACACCCUUCACGAUCGUUCGAGAUGCUGGUGAGCUUACUUAUGAGCAUUUACGGCUAUACAUAUUAUUCCAUUCCACGCGGAGUUCUGGUCACUUAACGAGAUACCCCAUUUUAUAUUGAUUUAUUUAUUUAUCUAUUCUACCUCUUUGCUACAUACUACUAUUACUACUACUUUACAUUCCCCGGGACAUUCCAAGGGUAUAUUUUUACUUGCCCCUCUCUUUUUUAUAUCUUCGCAUAU